ACGGUCACAUCAUUUCCUCCCCUGGUGUCAUAAUUAUAGGUUCCAUCGUUUUUUCUUAAUUAAAACUAACACCUUGUGCUCGCGAAAUGUUAAAGCUGCGUCCAGUGAACCAGCUACGAUUGGCAUAUCUGCGCGGCCUGUCCGGCCAACCACAGGCACAGACCCAGCGCAAUGAUGGCCCCGCCGACGAAGAGUACACGGCCCAGCCGGUGUACCCGGAGAUUCGGGAUCUGACCCACAAAGGCCGCAAGCAGCGGAGUGCCGCCGACUGGCACGAGGAGAUACGCCAGGUGCCGACCGUGGAGGAGAAGCUCAUCAAAAUCAAUAUGCCACGCUACUAUGGCUACAAGGUGGUGGAUUUCAAUGACACCAAGAUCCCGUACAAUGCGCUGCCCAUCGCCCAGCACUACACGCGAACGGUGCUCGAGAAGACGACGCCCGUAGUGAAGGAGGAGGGUGCCAAGACGGAGGAGAAGCCGGUCACUGAGGAUGACCUUUUCAAGGCGGCUCGCGAGGAUGUGAUCGAAGCGCUUGAGUUUGCCCACGACUACAGCAGGCACCUGGACCAGCAGCCCAAGGCUGCUCCCCUCGAUGCGGUGACCCGCGAGCGCCAGCUCACCCAGAUCAUCGUCGAGCAGCUAAACAGGGCUCUGCUGCAGGUGCUCAGCGCCGACUAUGCGCACCUGAAUGAGCUUGAGGUGGACUACAAUCCCCGCCACGAAGCCUUCUGGGCGGUGGGCGGUGUAGAUCCGCCCAAGAAUGUGAUCAAAUCGAAGAAGGGUCAAAAGUGGCAGGAGGAGGCGGCCAACGAACCCGUGGACCGGCUUGUGCAAUAUACGGGAGCUCCCUACUUGUCCCUCCGUCAUCGCCACCAGCUGGCGCCCUGGAAGACGCCGGCGGAGAGCGAAAGCCUAGAGCUGAGCAAACAGAUACCCCGCUUCAAGCAUGACGCUCGCACCCUCGGCUACACCACCAAGCAUCAGCAUGCCACCAAUGUGCCCGGCUAUUGGCCCAGUGUAAAUGGCCAGAACUUUGGCCUGCUUUCCUUCCAGUCGCGGGCGCACCUGCAGCUGCGACCAAAGUCCUACGGUGAGCGCGAUCUGCUGGAGGCUUUGGAUGCCCUGGCCAUCAAAUCCUCGUAUGCCUGGCUUCUGGCCCAGGCCAACUACAAUGGCUUCAAUACGUACAACGAGCUCACCUAUCCCCUAAACACACAGACGGUGAUUACGAAUGGCCGGGAGUGGAGCUUCUACGAGUAUCAGCUGAACACGCUGCUGGUGCACGGCCACCAUGUGGAUAGCAAUCCGCGGGUGAACUUUUGUCGCGGCUCGGAGCCCCUGCCAUUAUAUGCCGAGAUAUCGCCGGCGGGCAAGUGUGUAGACUUUAACGAUGCCGUGCUAAGGCAGCUGAUAAAUCUGUAUGCCAAUGUACCAAGUGUCCGUCGCAGCCAGGUGGAGGAGCAACCGUAUGUGGCCUCACACAUUUCAGCCUACGAGAAGGCAGAGCAACGUGAAUUCAUUGGCAAGACCGUAAAGCAUUUGGCGUCGAAUCGGCCGCGUCACUUGGAGCUGCCGGAGACGUACAUGUGGGAGAAGCUGUACAAGAUCGAUAACAAUACCCGUGCCAUGGAGGCGAGACGGCGUUUCUUUGAGCUGGAUGUGAAUCCAUGGCGACGCACGCUGGACCAGCAUGACAAGGAGUAUGUGCCGCGGGCACUGAGGCCGGGAGCCGAAAAAAAGCGAGAAGGUCGCCGCAAGCCGACAUAUUAUCCCUGAGCUAAUUACCAGAAAAAAUAGUGUUUUGUUUGUGCGAAAUAAAAAUCAUCAUAAAAUCAUAAAAA